CGGAAGUCUGUGUGACGUGUCAGUAUUCACCCAGGCAUUGUGGGAUUGGAAGCCCGGGUCUUGCCAUGGAGAACGCUGAAAACACCGAACUUGAGUGCGGAAUUGAGAAAUAGAAACGCGGGCGUAUGUAGCACCAGGGCCGCGGCCUGUUUAUAUGAUAAUGGUAGAUCUACGGGCUGAGAGCAAGGCUUCCGGCUGAAGAGCAAUGGCUGGCCGUUAUGUCAUCGCUUGUCUUCACUGAGAACAUUCGUGUCCAUGGACGUUUGUGCGGUGGCUCCUAAACGUUUCAGAACAACACUUAGGCCUUUUUGGUUUCUUUCUCCAGGACUGGGGAACCGCUUUUUAUUGUAAAUUUUCAUUUUCGCUUCAAGAAAACCAGGGACAAUGUCGACGACCACGAGCCCGGAGGCGGUGAGGAAAUUACUGGAGAACAUGCAGACGGACCUGCGCUCCUUAUCCAUGGAGUGCAAGAAGAAAUUUCCUCCUGUCAAAGAGGCAGCAGAGUCCGGCAUUGUUAAGAUCAAGACGAUAGCAGCAAGAAACACAGAGAUCCUCGCUGCUCUGAAGGAAAAUAGCUCGGAGGUGGUGCAGCCGUUCCUGAUGGGCUGUGGAACCAAAGAGCCCAAAAUCACCCAGCUGUGUCUCGCCGCUAUUCAGAGACUCAUGUCCCACGAGGUGGUGUCUGAGGCAGCAGCAGGAAACAUUAUUAAUAUGCUGUGGCAGCUGAUGGAGAACGGCCUGGAGGAAUUAAAGCUUCUACAAACGGUUCUAGUGCUUCUUACGACCAACACAGUAGUGCACGAUGAAGUCCUCUCGAAGGCCAUCGUGCUGUGCUUCCGUCUCCACUUCACUAAAGACAACAUCACCAACAACACCGCGGCAGCGACGGUCAGGCAGGUCGUCACUGUGGUGUUCGAAAGGAUGGUGGCGGAGGAUGAAAGAUUCAAAGGAAUGACAGAGCAGCCUCCCGUUAUUCAAGCUAACAGUAACCGCAGGUCCGUGAGCACCCUGAGACCAAGUGCUAAAGAUGCCUACAUGCUUUUUCAGGACUUGUGUCAGUUGGUGAACGCCGACGCCCCCUACUGGUUGGUGGGAAUGACCGAGAUGACGCGGACCUUCGGCCUGGAACUUCUGGAGUCUGUCUUGAAUGACUUCCCUGGAGUUUUUCUUCAACACCAAGAGUUCAGUUUCCUGCUAAAGGAACGUGUGUGUCCUCUGGUCAUCAAGCUUUUCUCGCCCAACAUCAAGUUUCGCCAGGGCAGCUGCAGUAGUGCUGCAUCGCCUGCGCCGGUAGAAAAACCCUAUUUCCCCAUCUGCAUGCGCCUGCUGCGGGUCGUCUCCGUGCUCAUCAAGCACUUCUACAGCUUGCUGGUGACCGAGUGCGAGAUCUUCCUGUCUUUGCUGGUGAAGUUCUUGGACGGCGAGAAGCCUCAGUGGCUCAGAGCCGUGGCUGUGGAGUCGGUACACCGGCUUUGUGUGCAGCCACAUUUGCUGCGGUCCUUUUGCCAGUCUUAUGACAUGAAGCAGCACUCAACCAAAGUGUUCCGAGACAUCGUCAAUGCGCUUGGAUCCUUUAUCCAGUCUCUUUUCAUUGUACCCAGCAUAGGAAAUGUGUCUGCUAAUGCACCUGCAGGUGGUUCAGUAUCCAGUGCCCAGGCUGCAGCUCAGGGGGGUCCAGGAGCAGCAGGUGGACCUGGGGGUUUGAGUACCCCGGCUGCAUUUGAGUACCGUGGCAUGUGGAUCCCUCUCAUGAGCGUCAGCGUGCAGGGCAGCGCCAAGGCCACCUAUUUGGAGAUGCUGGAUAAGGUGGAACCGCCUUCUAUCCCCGAAGGCUACGCGAUGUCUGUGGCGUUCAGCGCGUUGCUUGAUCUCGUGCGAAGCAUCACGUCUAUUAUCGAGAAAGAGCUGGCCAAGGAGGAGAAGGAGGCUGUUGCCAGAGAAGAGGCAGGGCUUAGUCUCCCACCAGCACAACGUGACGAAAGUCCUCAGGACCCACAACCCAACCAGGUGUGGGAAGAGAUGGUGAACGCGUGCUGGUGUGGUCUACUAGCAGCUCUUUCUCUCCUAUUAGACGCAAGUACGGACGAGACAGCCACAGAGAGCAUCCUGAAGGCCGAACUGACUAUGGCGUCUUUGUGUGGUCGUCUUGGCCUUGUGACCCCUCGAGAUGCCUUCAUCACUGCGAUCUGUAAAGCCUCUCUUCCCCCACAUUACGCUCUUACGGUACUCUCCAGCAACGCAGCCAGCCUCUCUAACAAAACAUACUCCAUCCAAGGCCAGAACGUGCAGAUCAUCAGCCCAUCCAGUGAGUCUCAUCAGCAGGUGGUGGCCGUGGGACAGCCACUCAGCGCACAACCUCAGGGCACUGUCGUGCUCACGGCCAAAAACAUCCAGUGUAUGCGGACUCUGCUGAAUCUAGCUCAUUGUCAUGGGGCUGUUUUGGGAACCUCAUGGCAGCUAGUGCUCGCUACUCUGCAGCACCUGGUUUGGAUUUUGGGGCUGAAGCCAGGGGUCGGUGGAGCUCUGAAGCCUGGGAGAGCAGUGGAGGGUCCAAGCACUGUUCUAACAACGGCUGUCAUGACAGACCUUCCCGUGAUCUCCAACAUCCUCUCCAGACUCUUUGAAAGCUCCCAGUACUUGGACGACGUCUCUCUUCAUCAUCUGAUCAACGCCUUGUGCUCCUUGUCCAUGGAGGCUAUGGAGAUGGCUUACGGCAAUAACAAGGAGCCCUCUUUGUUUGCAGUUGCGAAGCUGUUGGAGACGGGCCUGGUGAAUAUGGACCGCAUUGAAAUCUUAUGGAGACCUCUUACUGCACACCUGCUAGAGGUGUGCCAGCACCCGAACACACGUAUGAGGGAGUGGGGAGCCGAGGCAGUCACGUCUCUGAUCAAAGCUGGCCUUGCCUACAAACAUGACCCUCCUCUUUCCCAGAACCAGAGACUGCAGCUCCUUUUGCUGAACCCUCUGAAGGAACUUUCUAACAUCCUGCAUGCUGAUAUCAGGCAGAAGCAGCUUGAGUGUGUGCUACAGAUUUUGCAGAGUCAAGGAGACAGCCUAGGACCAGGAUGGCCUCUGGUGUUAGGGGUCAUCGGAGCCAUUCGCAAUGAUCAAGGUGAAUCCUUAAUCAGAACAGCCUUCCAGUGCCUGCAGCUAGUGGUGACCGACUUCCUUCCCACCAUGCCAUGCACUUGCCUCCAGAUUGUCGUUGACGUCGCCGGCAGCUUUGGUCUUCAAAACCAGGAACUCAACAUCAGCCUGACCUCUAUAGGCCUUCUGUGGAACAUCUCCGAUUAUUUCUUCCAAAGAGGAGAGAAGAUUACAGAGGAACUGGAGAAAGAGGAAGCCAUUCUGACAAAGCAGGCCCGCGAAAAAGGGGAGCCUCUAAACAGACCCUUCCAUCCUGCUCCGCCGUUCGACUGUCUGUGGUUGUGUCUUUAUGCCAAACUCGGAGAGCUGUGUGUGGAUCCUCGGCCAGCUGUCAGGAAAAGUGCAGGCCAGACGAUGUUCUCGACAAUCGCUGCCCAUGGAACCCUGCUACAGCAACCCACAUGGCACAUAGUAGUGUGGAAGGUGCUCUUUCACUUACUGGACUGCGUGAGGAAGUCGUCCACCACCGCCGACAAGGAGAAGAUCGAAUCCGGGGGCGGGAACAUCCUUAUUCAUCAUUCACGUGACACUGCUGAAAAGCAGUGGGCGGAGACUUGGGUCCUGACUCUGGCUGGCGUAGCACGGAUCUUUAACACCAGGAGAUACUUGUUGCAGCAACUGGGUGAUUUCUUCAAAGCAUGGGAGGUGCUGUUGGACCACAUCCAGUCUGCCGCCCUCAGCAAAAACAAUGAAGUCUCUCUGGCUGCUCUCAAGAGUUUCCAGGAAAUCCUCCAGCUCGUGACACCGGUUAAAGAUGUCGAUAAACCCGACUCUUUGGGUUCCGUGGACCUUCCCCCAGUCCCCAUGGUGGACUCGCUUUCAUCCUCAGGCCCUGGCAGACCCCUGACUCGUUCGGACUCCCUGGCAGAGCGGCUAGCUCAGCGUUACAAUGUGCAGCCGCCCCUUCCUGGGGAAGAGCUGGACGAUUCUGCUCUGUGGUGGUCAGCUUGGAGCACGUGGUACCGAACGGGCACAGAAUGUACAAGGCCUCCGAACGGUAGCGCCGACAAACUGGCGUUUGUGCCCAGCCAGCCCUUUCUGACGGCGUUGAUCCAGAUCUUCCCCGCGCUCUACCAGCACAUAGCAGGUGGUUUUAGCAUGGAGGACUUGCGUAAACUGGGCGUCAUACUGCACGGGGCGGUGUCCGUACCCAUCAGCUCCGACGCGUCGCCGUUCAUUCUGCCGUCCUACACGGAGGCGGUGCUCACCAGCCUGCAGGAGGCCGUCCUCACGGCGCUCGACGUCCUACAGAAGGCGAUCUGUGUGGGCCCCGAGACCCUGCAGGUGAUGUACCCAGCGAUUUUCGAGCAGCUCCUGCAGUUCGUCGAGUUUUCCUGCAAGCCGCCACAAUACGGCAAGAUGGAAACCAAGCAUGUGGCUAACGCUAAAUACAACCAGAUCCAACUCUUUGCACCGGCUGAGUGGGUUGCCUUAAACUAUGUCUUUGCUGAGAGGUCUCUUGAAGUGGUGGUAGACCUGUAUCAUAAAACCGCUUGUCACAAGGCGGUUAUCACUGAGAAAGUCUUAGAAAACGUCAUUAAGACUCUGACGAUGCCUUUAGGGCUGAAGUACGCAUGUCCCGCGGAAAGCACGUGGAAGCUCUCCGUCUCUUCUCUGCUCAAAGUGCUUUCCAUUGGCCUUCCAGUUGCCCGGCAACAUGCCUCCUCGGGCAAAUUCGACACCAUGUGGCCCGUGCUGGCAAAUGCCUUCGGAGACUUCCUUUUUACUAAAAGUACACCUCCUGAUAACCUGUCUAUUCAGGAGUUCCAGAAAAAUGAAGCCAUUGAUGUCGAGGUGGUGCAGUUGAUCAGUACAGAGAUUCUUCCAUACGCCAACUUCCUCCCCAAAGAGUUUGUAGGUCAGAUCAUGGCCAUGCUCAACAGAGGGUCCAUUCAUUCUCAGCCCUCGUCUUUUACAGAAGCAGAGAUUGAUAUCCGUAUGAGAGAAGAGUUCUCGAAGGUGUGUUUCGAGACCCUGCUGCAAUUCUCCUUCAGUAAUAAAGUGAGCACACCGCAGGAAGGCUACAUCUCCCGCAUGGCCCUUUCAGUGCUGCUGCACCGAGCUCAGGACGUGCUGCGGCGAUACGUCGAAGAUGAGAGGCUCAGUGGCCGCUGCCCCCUUCCCAGGCAACAAGUGACGGAAAUUAUUUUUGUUUUAAAAGCCGUUAGCACGCUCAUGGAUUCGCUGAAAAAGACGCAACCGGAGAAUGUGGAUGGGAAUACCUGGGCUCAGGUGAUCGCUCUUUACCCCACCCUGGUAGAAUGUAUCACCUGCUCAUCUCCUGAGGUCAGCUCUGCUCUAAAGGAGGCUCUGGGGCCUUUCAAAGACUUCAUGCAUCCACCAGGGGCCAAAGUGCAGAACGGCGAGUCGUGAUCCAUCACGUCCGGAAAGCUUUUUAUCCAUCUAGAACCAUGAAUGUGACUCAUCAGACGUACACACACAAACAUUCACACACAAAAAAGAGACACAUUACAGAUUUUUUUGUUUUUUUCGCCCCAGCAAACAUUUUAUCUGCGAUUUUCAUCGACUGUUUUCAGCUCCUUCUAACAGUAGUUUCAGUUCCAGUACGAUUGGCUGAUAAGAAUGCAUUUUCUGCUCUAUAACAUUUUUUUAUUUUUAUUUAUUUUUAUUUUUUUCUUGAUUUAUUCUCUCCCUGCCUCCAACAAUAAAAGAAAAAAAAGUUUCUCUUCCAUGACAGGAAUUAAUAUACAGUGUGUGGUGAUAGUGCUAAUGAUGUAACAAAGAAUCGCAUAUUCAACCAUGAAUCAUGAAUCAUCUCGAAAAGAAGAAUGGUCUCAAAAUAUAUAUAUAUAUAUACACAAUGAUUAAUAAAAUUGGUCUUUUUUUUUGUGACAUUUUUUUCAAAUGCAAAAAGGAUUUUAUGCAAGAUCUGAUUGUAACAUUCCAUGUGAUCUCUAGUGAGCUGGAGAAGGGAUGGAAUCCUGUGUGUGUAAAAUAAAUGGUACAGUUCUAUGAA